ACUAAAGAUAUUUUUUUAAUGAGGGGGGGGGGUACUGCGCCCCACCCUCGAAUGAAGCUGGUUGCGUCUAAAAUGGUUAAAAAUUCUAAUGUAGAAAAUCAAAUUAACAAACGAGGCCUUAAUUUUCUGAUUGAGAUUCAUGAAAUUAAUGGCGUUUUUUUGUGACAGAUUAAACAGCUUUGGGGGGGGGGGAUAAAUUAACGUUUCAUCAAUAUCUCAUAUUUCAAUUACAAAAUCUAAAUUUUAGUACCGUGCAUUACUUAUGCAUAUAAUGCCAUGUAAAUUGUACGGAUGUGCAAUUGCAUGCAUACCGUGUAUUCGUAAUGAUGCCAGGCUAUGUAUGUGUUUCUUUUUAUUUUCCCAAUUUGUGAGAUUCUGAAUGAGUAAUGAAGUCUCCCUUUGAACCAUAUUCUUUAUUUUCUCAGCUUGUACCCAAACUGAACUAUAGGUUUUAUAUCUGUCUAGUUCUCUGAGUUUAUUCUGCAGAAAUAUUUAGUUUAGUCACCGGGUUCUCUUCUCAGGGUUCAGUGCUAUAGUUAUAGAGUUCAGUUCUCCACCACUAGUUCCAACCUUUAACCUUCUCUAUCCAUGAAUACAACCUAGAGAAUAAAAAUACAAACUAAAACCUCUUCUUUUCUACAUCUCCUACACCCGGACUCACCGGAGCAUUGUUUAAAUUUGACAGUUUUUGAGCAAAUAUGGAUCCUGCAUUUAAGAACGUGAUCAGUGGGUCCGGUCAGCUCGCCAGCUGGAGAAUAAAGCAGUUCCAGUUAAUACCUGUAAAUCCGCAAGAUAUGGGUCAACUCUUCUCCGGGGACUGCUACCUAUUCUUCAACAGGAGGCAGAAGCGUCAGGAGAUCUUCUACUGGAUUGGUAGAACAUCCAGUAUUGAUGAAAGAGCCACUGUUGCAAUAAAAGCUGUAGAACUUGAUGAUGCUUUUGGUGGAGUUCCCGUUCAGCAUAGAGAGAAGGACGGAUAUGAAUCUGAGACUUUUAAAUCCCUGUUUCCUGACGGAUUGAUUAAAAGAGAUGGAGGAUUUGAAACUGGAUUAAAGAAAACUCAAGAUAUGUCUCAUUUAACAAGAAUGUACAAGGUUGCUGGUGGAAAUAUCCCAAUGCUCAGUGAGGUUCCGAUAUCCUGGAGCAGUAUGAACCACGGAGAUACCUUCGUCCUUGACUCCGGGGAGCUGAUUUUUGUCUGGCGGGGUAGAUGCUCCUCAGGAGCAGAAGGGUUGGCAGCUGCUAAACUAGCAACCAGGCUUAAAAACAAGAUGGGAGAGCAGAUCAUAACCUUGGAUGAUGGUGAUGAGGAGAGUUUAACGGAAGGAGAGAAAUCUGUUUGGGAAAACUAUCUUCAGCUCAAAAAUAAACACGAGGUAGUUGAGGCAGAUAAAACAUCGGAUAAAAAACACAGCAGGUUAUUAACAGAAGCAAGGCUUUUUAGGUGUACUGAGACGAAUGGAAGCCUGUCAACUGUUCUUGUGAAAACUGGAAACUUGGUUCAGGAUGAUCUUGAUCCUGGAGAUGCAUUUGUAGUUGAGGCAGGGAGGUCCGGAGUCUGGGUUUGGUUAGGAACUCAUAGCUCACAGAUUGAGAGAAGAGGAGCAAUGGAGGUUGGAGAGAAGGUGAUAAAAGAUAGAAACCUUCCUUCUCAUACCAGGAUAUCAAGGAUAAACAUGAACUCAGAACCAGAGGAGUUCAAGUCCCUCUUCCUCCAAUGGACUUAGAUCGCAUCAGAAUUUUGGACUUUUAUUUUUUCUGGAAAAGCCAUUAAAGGGACUGAAAGGGUAAUUUCAAGUGACUAUCCGCGUGCAAAGAUGGC